AGCCCUAACUAGACGACCGGUGCUCUCGGAUCCCAUCUUUCUUGCGACCAAGAUGCCGGAGGAGCGGAGGCGAAGGGAAGGCGGCACCGGAGGCGACUCGAUGCCCCGACGCGAGGGCCGCGAUCACGGUGGCAGAAGUCACCACUCACGAUCGGAACGGGAGAGGGAAAGAGAAAGGGAAAGGGAAAGGGAACCCAGUCCUAAAAGGCCAAAAAGAGAUGGAAAAUCAGCAUCUGAGAGAAAAUUCUCUGGUAAUCAUGAUUUGAAUGUUGAUGAUAAUAAGGAGCGGAAAACUCGUAGGCGGUUUCAAGAUGCUUUGCCUGUUGAGAAUUCUUCAGCAACUGAUACCAAGGUGAAGUCUGCAAAUCUUAAAGAUGGUUCUCACAGGAAGGUUGAUCCUGAUAAUACCAAACAAUCUGACCAAAUGGAUGCACCAUGGGCUCGAUCCCACUUUCAGCACGACGAACGUGGCGGUGCUGGGCAUGGUGGUCGAAGCUAUGUUCGCAGAGAUGCUGAUGAAGGAAGGAAUAAUGCAAAGGAGCAGACUGGUGACAGGGUGGACAAGAUAGAGGCAUCUGACAUGCAGAGAAAAUACGACAGCCGGACUAGAGCUCAUGCAGGUGACAACAAUGAAUGGAGACAUGAUGGAUUUUAUGAGUUGGAAGUUGAGGCAGCAGCUCCCAGGAAAAGACCUGCUUUCAGUGAAAGAAAAAUGGCUACAGAAAAAGAUUCUGUGGCUGCCCCUCCCACCGGACCAGAAUCAAGAAACCACCAUGAUCAUCAAAUGCUUGGUGCUGUAAGAAGGGAAGAAAAGGGAAACAACUUUUCACGUGGUGAUAAGCCUGAGAGAUGUUUCAAUCGAGCUGAUGAUAGAUAUGAUAAGAGAGGAGACAGAUAUCUGCAAAGAAAUGAAAUCAACAGAGCUGGCUAUCAGUCAAGGGAGAUGCAUGGUGGCAGGGACGUGAGGGGUAGGGAAAGAUUCACAGGAAGAUAUGGUGAGAGAAAUAUGUCCCGAGAGAGUGGUUUCCAGGCAGAAAAAUGGAAGCAUGAUCUUUUCGACGAAGCAAAUAGAAGCCCUACUCCAAAGAAUGAAGAAGAACAGAUCGCGAAGGUUGAAGCACUGUUGUCUCUGUAGUUUGUGCCCCUCUCAAGCGGAAUGGUUCUGUUCCUCCACAAGGCUUUCUGCUCAUUGAAGUAUGCAUCUCCGUAAGGCUGUUGGAAAUUUAGUUGGAGGUUUGUCUUUUUGUGAAUUUUAUGUUAACUCCAUACAAAUUCUCUGCGUAAAAGAAGGCUGUGAUUUGUUUUUUCUACUUUUGGACUAUCUGGAUUUUGUGAACUGGUGAUCUUAUAUUCUGUAAUCUUGUGGACUAAAUGUGUUUCAGAAUUGCUA